AUGUCUUUAUACAUUUCAGCCCUACAAAGAUUAAUCACUAAAGAGGUGGUGGUGGUAGACGCUCACACACUUUUGGUUUCUUGGUACGAUCCCAAAAAUGUGGAAGGAACCCUUGGGGGCUUUACAGUCUCCGUAGGACGCUACGGUCGAGAAUCCCCGAACAAGCCAGAGUGGCGGCAUGUGGCCAACGUAACCACAGACUCGCGAUCGUACAGGAUCACUGACUUGGAGCCCAACACGCGCUACGAAGUCACAGUUCGUGGUUAUGUGCUGCCGAACGAGGAGGGGCAUGGUGGAGGCUACAGCCAAUAUUCCUAUUUUCGAAGUGCCUCUACGUGGUCUGCCGGUAGUGCCUGCAGGCAUCGCUAUCGCAACGACUUGGGCUCAAUUGAGACCAGGUUAGCGACACGUAGAGCCACAACAACAACAGCAACCACGACACGUCCCGUCAUUGAGCCCUCCCUUUACCUUGACUGGACUGAUGCAUCCGGAUUCCACCUAAGAUGGGAUUUCCAAGACGUUAUGCACGGAUCAAUACAGAAAAUCGAGCUCAUCGCGGUGCCAGUGGACAGUGAUCUGGGCGUGGCAAACGCUAGUGCCGUUGUCGCCCCAAAUGUCACUGAAGGCUCCAUUACCACAGGCCUGAGACCCUACACUGAAUACGAUGUAGUAGUGGAAUUCACUACAAAUGGUGCCACAACGGCCUACACAGCAGGGCGAGCGUGGACGUGGUCGUCAGCUUUACUACAGCUCCUCGUCAAAGAUAUCGUGGUGGUGGAUGCUCACACGCUAGAGGUGUCCUGGUACAAACCGGAGAAUGUGGAGGGAACUCUUGGGGGCUUCACAAUCUCCACUAGACCCUACGUUCAAGGCUUCGUCAACAAGCCAGAGUGGCGGCAUGUGGCCAACGUAACCGCAGACUCGCGAUCGUACAGGAUCACUGACUUGGAGCCCAACACGCGCUACGAAGUCACUGUUCGUGGUUAUGUGCUGCCGAACGAAGAGGGACAGGGCGGAGGCUACAACCAAUAUUCCUAUCCUCGAAUUGCCUCAACGUUGUCUACUUGUAGGUGA